AUGUCCACACCCCGCGUCUUCAUCGUCCGCCACGGCGAGACGGAAUGGUCCCUCAACGGUCGGCAUACCGGCCGUACCGACAUUCCACUCACCGCCAACGGUGAGAAGCGUGUCAAGGCUACGGGACAGGCUCUUGUUGGCCAUGACCGACUUAUUGCUCCCAAGAAGAUUGCCCACAUUUACGUCUCACCCCGCAAGCGUGCCCAGCGCACCUUUGAACUACUCAACAUUGGACUUGAUGAACCUCUUCCCUGGACGAGACACGGAGAGAGUGAGGGCGAGGGUCUCCAGUGUAGUGCCAAGAUUGAGGUCACUGAGAAUAUCCGUGAGUGGGACUAUGGCGACUACGAGGGCAUCACCACCCCCGAGAUUCGCAAGAUGAGAGAUGGACAAGGCUACAGGGGAACUUGGGAUAUCUGGAGAGAUGGAUGCCCAGGAGGGGAGAGUCCCGAGGAUGUCACGAGACGGCUGGACGAGUUGAUCAAGGAGAUUCGCGAAAAGUGGCACCAGCCGGUGAUGGGCAAGGGCAAGGACAAGGACCAAUGUGGCGAUGUCCUCCUCAUCGCCCACGGCCACAUCCUCCGCGCCUUUGCUAUGAGAUGGGCUCGCUACUCUCUGCAAAAUGGCCCUGCUUUUCUUCUGGAGGCUGGCGGUGUUGGAACUCUCAGUUACGAGCAUCACAACAUUGAGGAACCAGCCCUCCUCCUUGGCGGUGCUUUCGUGGUUGAACUCGACGACAACUGA